GCUACUACGUACUCCACGAAUCUAUGCGAAGUGGAAAAUCAACAACACCACACUUUUACUUUUGUCUCCUCUCCUCUUCUCUUUCGCUCACUCCUCACUCUAUAUUUCAAGCUUUCUAUAUUCUUCUCUUCUCACACUCAAUACUACAAAUGCACGAUCCCAUUUUGUCGUUUUCCUUCAUUCUUCUCUUCAUCAUUUUCAUUUCAUCCAUACUUUCUCUCCGUAAAACACUUCUCAAAAACCAAAAAACCAUCCUGACCCGCAACCUGGAAACACCCGACCCGACACUUCUCUCGCUAACCGAUUCUCAAAUCCGUCAACCAGACGAAGAUGAAUCGACUCCAACUGAGACGGCGCCUUUGCAUGCAUUUUCCGAUGAUGACUUGAACCAGUCAAUGGAUUCGGGUCAGUGUGAAUUAAAGAAGAAAAAGAAGAGGAAGAGUAAGAAGAAGAAGGUAACAUGUUCCGGAAUUGAAGAUGAUGAUGAUGAAAAGAGGAGUGAUGACGUGGAGAGAGCAAGUUCGGGUUCUGAUACCCGACCCGAUUCAGGUCGUUUAUUAGACCCGUUUAAUUCUUCGAGUAGUGUUAUGCAGAAGAAAAUCAAACCGCAGUAUGAUGAGCUUGUUAAAUGCAAUGACUCUAACAAAUUGACACUCACACAGGUUGUACAGUUUGCAAAUAGUUUGGUUGCUGCUAGGAGUGAGCUGCAACACAAGGCUGAUGUGACACAACGCAAGUUUGUGAUAACAAAGGCUUUACUAUGCAAGGCAGACAGGUCGUCUAUCAACAGACUUCGACAACAGAUAUACAAGCUUGAAUUAGAGCAAAAACGAUUAGAAGAGGAUGCUUUUGUUUAUAACUGGCUUCAACAACAGCUUAAACUCUCACCAGCAUACAACAAGAUGCUUGAAAUUGGAGUUUCCAUGGAGAAGGAAAAAUCCUGUAAGAUGGGAGAGAAAAGAGAUGAUGAAUUUUCUGACAUUUCUUUUGAAGAAUUAUUAGCACAAGAAAAGAAGGAUUCAUUUUGGCAAAGAAAUGGGAAAACAAAACAAUGGUCAGGCCAAUGACGUUGCUAGUUUAGAAAAAUUAAACUAUAGUUAGUUUAGAAUGUAAAUCCAAAUGCUAUUUUUUAAGUUGUUUUGCCAUGGCAAGUACUUUUGGUUCUUUUACUGUGCUAUUUAUUGGUGGUUAUAUGGAAUAUAGAUGAUACAUGUUUUUAGUUUCUUUUAAUUUUGAAUCAAUGUAGCCCGGUCACAUUACAAAACCAAAGGAAAGACUUUAGUGGUUCAUGAUUAAUUAUGUAUUAUGAAACAUUUUAGUGAUUCAUGACUAACUAUGUAUUUUGUGGUACUGCUUAGAUGAAAUGCAAAAUAUUUGUACACUUUAUGCAUUGUCCAACACAGAGGAAAACAUUAACCUUUUUGAGAGAUGCAAAAUAUUUUUACACUUCAUGCAUUGUCCAACACAG